AUAGAUACGAGGAAGGCGACUGAGCGAGAGCGAGACAAAUAUCUGAAGCUAGUACACCGUUAUUAUCUCUAUUGUCGACUAGCCUGCGUGUACAAAUCUUUACAAGGCCGGCGAAGCUGCUGACCAAAACAAGUUCGUCUUUUCCCCUCAUUUUGACGCAUCGUUGGGCCCCAAGCGGCUACCAUGGAUUUUUAACCAGGCAGAAUGCGGCAACUGUAAUGCAAUGGCAAUGCAUCGGCAAAACCCAGCGCUCAUCUCCAUCGUCUCGACUGCCAAGCAGUUGGGCUCAAGUACCGUCCGCGGUAUACCAUUUAGCCAACCGAUACCGCUACUGCUGGACCGUAGGAAGCUAACGUUAGCCAGCUAGUUAGCCCGGGUGACCGCUUAACGGAAGUCCAUCCAUAAAUCCAUCUUCGAUUUUUUUCGAUUCAAACGUGUUUGAGCAACAAAAUGAAGCCCCAAGACAUCCUGGCCGCCAAGAGCAGCCUGUGGAUCUUCGGCUAUGGCUCUCUGGUGUGGAAACCCGACUUCCAGUACAAGAGAAGCAAAGUUGGCCACAUUCGAGGCUACAAGAGACGUUUCUGGCAUGGCGACAACUUCCACCGAGGCAACAACGAGUUGCCCGGAAGAGUAGUGACGUUGAUCCCAGAGCAUGACGCGAGCACGUGGGGUCUUGCGUUUGAGGUGACAGGCGCCCAGGUGGAGGAGGCCCUCAAUUACCUGGACGUCCGUGAGGGCAAGUGCGGCGGCUACGUCGCCGAGAUGGUCGAGUUCCACCCCGAGGGGCCGGAACAGCUGUCUGUGUCGGCGCUGCUUUACAUCGCCACCGCCGACAACCCCUUGUACCUGGGGCCCGCCCCGCCCGAGGAGAUCGGCGCCCACAUCGCCGUGUGCCAGGGCAAGACGGGCCACAACCUGGAGUACCUACUCCGCUUGGCCGCCUUCAUGAGGUGCAGCUGCCCUCACGUAGAGGACCAGCACCUGUUCUCGGUGGAGGCGGCGGCACUGUCCGUAGUGUCAUACAUGUUGGCGGUGGAGUAAAAGAGCGAGGCUCGUCAUCGGUCGACGUGUAAUAACUUAAGUGAUGCACUGUUAAAUGCACUGUUAAAUGUUUGUUUAUUCAAUGACGCUUGUAACAUUGAUACUGUCAAAAGAUAAUAAACCAUUGGAAAGCUUCA